UUUAUUUUUACAGAACAGUUUCCUGUCCACCUGUAUCACUGAAGGGCAUUAAUACAAAUAGGAUAUUUAUUUACUCCUUCUUUUUAUUAAAUAUAUAUAAAAAAUAUGUAUAUAAGUUACAAUGUUGUGUGUAAAGCUGAAAUCAUACACGGUGAGUAACAUCCAGUUCUAAUUCGUAGUGUUGAUAGAAAAAACAUUUAAAUGCUAUGAGUUAUUAUAUACUCCCUUCCCUUGCCCUGUUAAACAACCUUCCAAUCAUAUUUACCAAAACAAAAUAGAUUUAAUCAGUACAUCUAUUACCAGAGAAAAAAAGAGGAUUAACAUCGAGCAAGAUUCUUUUUAAACAGCAACAACUGUUUGAAAUAUUUCGUCUACUUUUGGACCAUAUUAUUAAUUUAUGCCUUCAUUACUCUUGUGUAUUUCUUUGUUCUUGUUUAAAUAUCCACAUUUGAAUGACACGUAUAAUUUAUCAAACUGCUAACAAUAACAUUUGAAAUGAUCUGCAAUUUAUCUAUACUGUGUGUGUGUGUGUGUUUGUGUUGGUAAUUAAGUAUAUAAGGUGAGCUGCAAGAAACGAAAUGGUCAAAUUAUUUUUUCAGAUUUGAUAAAUGGGAAUACGUAUUAUUUUAUAAUUUUCAACAAAAUUAUUUGAUCCGUUUCUCACCACUCAUCCUGUAAAUCACGCUCGAAUAUGUACACAAUGUACAAAUUUAUAUUGCUGUUUGUAAAUUUAAUUCGUUACUCAGUCCACUUAUAGAAUGCUGGGGAAAUAAUGGUCAUGGAUUAUAUUUUCCAUGUUGUUUAGAUGAACUUUUGCAAAAAAAUACUCAGUCAUAAAAUUAAUAGAAUUUUAAAGAUAUAUUAGAAUUUUGAUGGAAUAUCAGUGUAUUUUCAAAGUACUGAUGAAAUAUUAGUGCGCUUUAAUACCUCUCAUAUAGUUAGUCUGUCAAAAGACUGAUCGCAAGUAUUAGUGGAUCCUCAGUCUCUUGAUGAUACUAACAUAACUAUGGGAAAAUCUUCCUAAAAGACACAACCCAUUUUUAAAAAUCCCAGAUACUAUUUACUUUUAUCUAUCCAGAGAGUACAAUACAUAGAAUUUAAAACAAAAAACACUUUUGAUCUUUAAUUUGAAGGUUUUGAAUCAUUUUCAGACUGGAUUCCUUUGCAAAUGUGCAUUCAAGUGUAAUGUAGACUUCCUAAGAUUUCCAUAGGCUCUCCCUGAAUUCUCCCAAAACCAAAAAUAUCUAGAGGAAAGUUCCUCUCCCAACAAUUACUCUUUCAAAGGGGGAUAAACUAACCUCCUUGAGUUAGUCUCAAACUUUAUACAACAGCAGAAAACCCCAAAAUUAGUACAUAACAAUUUUGCAAAGUAGUAAAACAUACCCCACAAGGAAAUUCUAAACAUGAAUUUUGUCCUUAUCUCUCAGAGGUACGCAUUGUGAUUUAAGCAAAAUUGUUAACCUUGAGGUCUAUUAUUAUGCAAAGUUUAAAUUCUUAAGAAGCCUUUGUUGCAGCAAAGUGUACAUUCAACAUAUAAACCAUGAUCAUUACUUUCUUAACAAGCUAUGCAAGUUACUCUAUUGAGUUGUCUCACAUUGACUUGUUCAUAUAAUUUAACAUUUUAACUGCCAUGUCACCUAUUUCAUGGAAUAAACUUACAUAGCCAGUUAUAAAUAAUUUUACCAAAUACUUGAAAGUAUAUUCACUAAGAAGAAUUAUUCAUCAUAGAAAAUAAUUUAAUAAUAAUCGAACAUGGCAGUCAAAGUGUCGCCGAAUUUUACACGAUGAUGUAUCGCUAUAUUUGUCUAUUGUACAACUAUUUAGACAAGUAGAACUAUUGGUUGCUGUUUCGACGUUUACAAGUCUGACAGAUGUCGGAUUACAAGCGUGUAAGUAUGUGCAAUUAUUUCUCGCAUUCAAUUCAUAAUUCGCUUACACUAGAGAGUUAAUUAGAUACAAAUUCGUGUUUGUGAGGAAGCGCGGAGAAUCGCAACGUGCAUAUACAAUACGUUUAUUAUUAAAUUGGACAGAUAUUGCAGUCUUGUUUAUAGUGAUUUUUGCUAUGAAACGUAUACACUGUCGUUUCGUUUCUCUCAUUUCAAGUGAUCUCUUUAUACAAAUAGUGAACGCAAGUUGUUUCGUACAAAUUCAGUAACUUUACUCCCAAGAGUAACAUCGUGAAUCUUAUUUACCACAAACUGUACACCAUUCAAUUAUUAACAUACAAUUCUUAUAUACAAAUUUAUCUUUGCGUGCCCCUAGUUAUUUAUAUUUAACGUGUGUGCCUCGCACUAUGUACAAUUGAUGGAAAUUAACUUACACAUGUAUAUGGCAGCUUUACAGGUCAUGUAUAAAAUUCUGUACACACACGUACGUAUUUCUAUUAGUGUGAUUUAAAUGCAUACAAACAGUGUUUAAAUUACGAAAAAAAAGGAAAUAAAAUUGUUUCGCUUGAAAAAAAUGGAUAUACAUAAUAUUAGACUAAAUUUAAAUGGAAUAUCAUUUUAUCAUACCCAUCUUGAUAUGUGGUAAAAGUAAUUCCAUUAAUAUCUUCAUAAACAAUAUUCUUAUAAAAAUUGUUAAUCUAAUACCAUGCUUCUCCUCGAAAAUUGAGCAAUUUUUAUGGAAAGUGUCAGUAAUAAGAAAAAUAACUACGUAUACAUUUAAAUCAAACAAUCAGUAUAAUGUACUAAAUGCAUUAUACGUAUAGUUUGUUUCCAACUUAGAUUUCAAAACUUCAAUCUCAUCACUUUUGAGAUAGACACAUAGGUCAUCUUCACAUCACUUUGAAUAUGUUAUUUGUAACCCACUGUUCUCAGUGUGUGUACAUUCGAAUGUUUACUCUAGGUGGCAACUACUUCUAUACGAAACUGUAAAUAAGAAUAAGACAGUCGUGUUUGAACCAGCAAAGAGAUCGAACGUUCUCAAAGGACUUAACGAAGCGUUAUUUCUGUGACAAAGUAUGUAAAGUGACGCUAACAUAAUUGCACAAUUAACGUGUGUGACAAUACACAAAAUGCCUGCCAUAAAGAGAGAGGCAGAGCCCUUGCCAGAGGACGAUGUAACCCAAAAUAUUAAUGACUCGACAUUCAUCUAUAGUACAGAGGAGCUUGAAACAGGAACGGAGGCGGAAGUGGGGACCGAAUCUGUCGCAGAAACGUUUGAAACUGAAGUACAGAAUUUGGGGAAGGAACUUGCGGAAGAGAUGGGAAUACCAACAUGGGGACUAGUCGCAAUUUUAAUAGCUGUAGGAGUAGUAGUUCUCGGGAUAUGCUUCUGCUGCAUAAGAAGAUGCUGUCGCAAAAGACGAUCCAAGGACGGCAAGAAAGGGUUGAAGGGUGCAGUAGAUUUGAAGUCGGUGCAACUGUUAGGAAGCACGUACAAAGACAAGGUUCAGCCGGAUAUGGAAGAAUUGACCGACAAUGCUGAGGAGCCGGACGAAGCUGAAAGCAAGCAGAGUGAGGUGAAGCUCGGUAGACUUCAAUACAAGCUCGAAUACGACUUCAACACGAACAGUUUGGCAGUGACGGUGAUACAAGCUGAAGACCUUCCAGCAUUGGACAUGGGUGGUACGUCCGACCCGUACGUGAAGGUGUAUCUGUUACCGGAUAAGAAGAAAAAAUUCGAAACAAAAGUGCACAGGAAAACUCUCAGUCCGGUUUUCAAUGAAACUUUCACAUUCAAGAGUGUUCCUUACGCAGACGCCAUGAACAAGACGCUCGUUUUCGCGAUCUUCGACUUCGACAGGUUCUCGAAACACGACCAAAUCGGUGAAGUGAAGGUUCCACUCUGCCAGGUUGAUUUGGCUCAAACGAUUGAAGAAUGGAGGGAACUGCAAAGUGUCGAGGGUGAAGGUGGUCAGGAUAACAAAUUGGGAGAUAUAUGCUUCUCGCUUCGAUACGUACCCACAGCCGGUAAACUGACGGUGGUCAUCUUAGAAGCGAAGAACUUGAAGAAAAUGGACGUCGGUGGUCUGUCAGAUCCUUAUGUGAAAAUUGCUUUGAUGCAAAAUGGCAAGAGAUUGAAGAAAAAGAAAACGUCCAUUAAGAAGUGCACACUUAAUCCUUAUUACAACGAAUCAUUCACGUUUGAGGUACCCUUCGAGCAGAUACAGAAAGUGCAAUUGGUUGUCACGGUAGUCGAUUACGAUCGUAUCGGCACCUCAGAACCCAUUGGGAAGGUCGUCUUGGGGCACAACGCGAGUGGAACAGAGUUGAGACACUGGACCGAUAUGUUGGCAACCCCGAGACGUCCUAUUGCUCAAUGGCACACGCUUAAAGAUCCCGAGGACGGCGACAAGAAAGACUAAGUUCGUUUCGAAAUUGUCCAGGUUUAAGGUAAUGCACACCAAAGGUUCUAAGCAGUUACGACAAAUGUACAGAAAAAAGCAUUUCUUUCGUUUUUUCGUAUGUUUUCCGUUUUACGCUUUUUGCCAUCCCUCCCUCCCCCUUCCCCUCACUCGACAAACUAAAUAUAUAUAUAUAUACUAUAUAUAUAUAUAAAUAUAUGUAUAUUUUCCAAUGAUAUCCACGAUUCCACUGUACGAGGAUGCAGGAUUUCUCUGGACAAACGAAAGAAACGAGAGAUGUGCAAAAGAAAAAUUUGAAAAAAAUGAAAAAACAUGAUAGAGAAGAGACAUAAAAUGAGAUGCAACGAUCUCUCGAUGUAGCUGGUCGUUCUAUUUAAAAGAAAAAAAAAGAAAUAUAAUCGUGCACGAGAAUGAUAGAGAGAACGUGAGACGGAUGAGAGAAAGACAGAGCGAAAGGUAGAAUGAAAGGAUUAAAUACUAAGAAAGAGAGAGAGAGAAAAAAGAAACAAAAGGGGAUAACUUUAGUAGAUAUUAAUAAUCUAUUGCUAACUAAACAAUAAACACCACCAAAAUGGUUUUAGUAUUAAAUAUGUUCUCAUGGAGUGUAGUGUCUUGUAUAUACGUAUAUCUACUAUACUUUCUUCUGUAGAUGUAAUGUCGAAUGAAUUUAAAAUAACGCGUCUCCUCCUCGAGGUAUCUCGAUGAAGCAUUGAGUAUUUGCAACGCGUAUGUAUCUUUUAUUUUCUCAAAUACGAGUUCUAAAUAGUAAGAUAGCAUGUUUUUUGUUCGUUGUUUAAAUUGAUGGCACGUUUUUUGAUGAGAUGUUUAUAAGAUAGCGAUGCUGUUAAUCUUAUUAGAAAUUAUAUUAUAUAUAUUAUAUUCCGCGUAUAAUAUAUACGACGUAAAUCGUGUUGGACUGUGUGAGCAGUAGUGGAACAUCAACGACGUUUGUACAAAUCGAUAGUCGUGUUCGUGCAAAAAAAAUAAAUGAACAAGUAUAAUUACCUAUAGUUAUAAUUAUAUUGUAAUCAAUACAUAUAAUAGAAACUGAACGGUUUCGUCAUUGUAACUUACCCGAUCGCCUUUAUAUGAUUUCUUUUGUACAAUUCAAAUGCGAACUUUCCUACUGUUUCUCUUCUUUGUAUUAAUAUUUAUUUGCUAGUAUUUCAAGGAACGAUGCAUUGAAUUUUUUUGCAAAACGACAAUGCUUAGAUCGCGAUACCUUUGUACUGGUAACGACCAUAGACUAUGCGCUACCUGUACGGGUAACUCGUCCGAUCAAAACGAAUCUCCCAUCAACGCAGAGGACGGGAAAUUCAAAAACUUCUCUAAUAAAAUACAAGUUUCUACGGUUUCACUAGCGAACAAACUCCACAGAAGUUUUUGUUGUAAUUGCAUCGUUCGAUUAUAAUACUUUCACUAGCAUAAUUUCAUAGUUCACUUGUUUUAUCGAUAAAAGUGUUAUAAUCGAUGACUGCACGAAUGGUGGUUUGUUCGUAGAGCGAGACUGAAAUAGAACAAAGGAAUACGUUUUGAUUAGCGAGUUACCGAGAUUGAAUGUGCGGAAUUGUUGGUAAACAUUGUAUCUUUAUCCACGGGUGUUCGUUUUUCCCGCGAUUCUGCAUGUUCGUUCAAAAUAUACAUACAUGUGUACGUGAAAUUGUAAACAUAUUGGUGUACACAGUGUUUCAUAACGUGUGGGGCCCUGUUCAGCAGAAGAUUAGAGACACGGACAUUGUAAAAGGAGUUCCUAUAGACAUACAUAUACUUGUCGUCAAAUCAGACUUCCCUAGGGAAAAUAGUAGUAUAGGAGAAACAGAAAUUCCCAAAAUGUUAAUUUUGAUGAUAUUAAUAUUAAAAGUAAUUUAAAUUAAAAAAAUAUAUAAUUUUUAAUUAUUAAAUAUCAAAAAUUUGGCAAAACAAUAAAUAAAUAUCAAUUCAAAUUUUCCCGCGUGAACAUUUAUAUAUAAGUGGUGGGAAGCAACAAACCAAUAUAUAUAUAUAUAUAUAUAUAUAUAUAUGUAUAUGUAUAUGUAUAUGUAUAUGAGAUCCUCACUUCUACAUCCUCAUUCUUCCUGUGGUUACCUAAGAGGUGAGGUGAAAGCUCACGGAAGCCCAAUUUGAUUAUGAGUGCUCAUCAUAAUUUCAACCUAACCUCCAAAUUACAUUGUUUGAUCCUUGUUUUUGAACGACUCUGUAACUUCUAAUUAUUCAAUUAUAUUAAGUUUCUAUUCUCUUAUCGCAUCAAACGUCUAAAUACAUUAUUAAAUAUCUGUGUCAAGACAAUUAUUUAAUUAAUUCUCAUAGCAAAAUAAGUUAAAAAAUAGAUUUAUCGUUGGAAAAUAUUAAAAUAAAAAAAGUGACUAUAACUUAAAAAUAAAAGUAAAUAAAUCUAUACCUUUUUCAUUGUCUUUGUGUUUUCUAUCAGUCAUUGAAGCGAGUCCUGUACAUUAUGAAACACUCUGUAUAUAUUUACCUCGUGUUAUAUAUAUAUAUAUAGAUACUGUUAUUGUUUUUCAAAACGUAAUAGGCCUACCAAUUGUAUAACUUGCGUCAUCAUUUCGUUGAACUGUUUCUCGGAUAAUGAGCGUAAAGAAAGGAAAAAGAAGAAGGUUAGUGACGAGUCCACGGUGAUUCUUUAUUGUAUCUUGGGAAUUGAAGGAAGAACAUAAAAGAAGAAAAAUGUUACGCGGCUAUUAAUGAUACGUUCCAGGCUAAACUUUACGAAACAAUUACGAACGUCCUGAGAUCUACAAAGCAUUAUAUAUUAUAUAUACUAUAUGUAUCCUUCGAGAAAAAGAUAAAGAAAAACGAUUGUUAGAAAACUGAUUUUAUACAGUAUUAACUGAGUUUGACUGCUAUCAAACAAAAAAAAAACGAAUGUUCAUAUAUUUUAUCGCAUCGUUGACUUUGAAGCUUCGAAUUCGACUGAAAGAAAGGAAAAAGAAAAAAGAAUGGGUUGAUAGGUACAAUAAAUGUAGUUUUUGCGUGAGUACGUGUUUUAAAGCUAAGAAAAAGCACGUUUUAUUAGAAGUCCUCGAAAGAAAUACCUUCCUUCGAUGCACCGCAUUUUUUUUUCACUCAGUCAUCAGUUAACAUUGAUGACUUUGCGAACGAAAAGAAUGAGCAUCCAUGUAAACGGGCCUUAACGCUUUAUCGAGUUCUCCUUCCCUCGUCCAAUCGUGGUCGAGCAAAUGCAUCGUAACUUUGUAAAUAUCACGCAGAGAUUUUCUCAGUUGUCGUUAAAUCUUCAUAAAUUCCAUUCGAAUCAGCAUCAUUGCAUCGUAGUAAUUAGAAACUUUUGAUUCCCCGUGCGAUUCAAUCUUUCUUUUUCUUCUUUCGAGCAUAGUACGUGUACUUACUCUACGUUUCACGCAACCUUCACCAGAUAAGCAUUGCACGUGAUCAAGUUGUAAUAAGCAUGUAACGAUAUCACUACCGGUAACGAUAUUAGUAGUAAUAUUAAUUAUUCGUAACAAAGAAAAAGAUAUCAUGAAGAAAGUGUUAAGGUGUAUUCAACAAUUUCGUAAAGCUUAUCAGUUUACUGCUGAUCAGAUCAAAGUCCUACGCCCUUUCGAGUUUGAACAGGUACUGUGUUUAUUAUAUUAGUACAAAGGGUUCGUUGUAUAUUUGGAUCUAGGUUAAAAUUAUAAAUUUUUAAAGUUAUGUUUAUCAAAUCAACUUUUUACUUAUAGUUAUUUUUUGUAUUUCGUUUUUAUGGAAUUUAUGAACUUAUUGUUAGUUCAAAUAGGACGUUGUACACCGCCGAGCAAAGAGGCUUUCCUUAGGAAAAGUGACGAUAAAGGGGAAACAGCACUAUUACUUACUAUGCAGGGUGAUCUUCUCGCAGCCGGACACAAAGGAACAUUGGCGACAAUGAAACCCUUGACCGCACCAUAAAGAGGUCCGCAUUGUCACGUGCCAGCGGGGACUUAACCGGGCCGAAACGACUCUGUAUCUUCAUGGUGCGGUCAAGGGGUUCAUUGUCACCAGUUCCUUUGUAUCCGGCUGCGAGAGGAUCACCCUGCAGUCGGGGGCAGACUGGCUAUUGGGAGUUCGGGUAGAUUCACAAUGGGCCGGUAGGGAUUUGGGGCCUAAUUAAUUAAAAUUAGGGGUAAAAACUUAAGUUCCAGUCUGCCUCUGAUUACAGUACUCGAAAAUUUCAAUGCAUUCUAUGUACUUUUAGUUUGUCAAUACUUAUUUUAAUAUGAAUUAUUUUUAAAAUACAGUUAAGUAAAAGAUUUAAAAGGCGAAACUUUUAUUUAAUGGAUGAAUUUAAAUAUAAUCAACAGCCUCAUAUGAAUGAUUAUCUUGAUUAUUAUUUUAGUCAUUAUAUUAUCAUUAUUAAAAAUAGUAAUUUUCAAAGUCCUAAUUUUGAAUAGUAUAUUAAUAUUAAUUUUUAAUGUUUAAUUAUUAAAUAUUAUAAAACUUUUCUCGCAAGUGAUGGGUUCCUUCCAGCAGGCGCGAUGCUGGAUAUUGUACAAAUACGACAAACCAUUUGUACCAAUGUGAUAAAACAGAAAGAGACCAGAGGAAGAGCUACAUAUGUAUGUUAAUUUGAAAAUGUCUUCGACGGAUUUCAUUCCAUGUAUUUCCAGGAUUUCAACGUUAAUACGAUAAUACAUUUAAUUGUGUACCUGUUAUACCAUGCACGCUAUAUAAAAAAAAAAAUCAAUGUUGCUCGAAGUGUAAAAUUGAGAAACGUUUCAUACAAUUCUGCUUCGGGGAACAAUGCGCACCGUCGAAUACAUGAACGAAGUACUCUUCUGAAUUUAGUUAUCUCUCUGUAUAUUACAAAACGCGAAAAGAGAAAAAAACAAUAGAAACAUUUGGUUAGAAAUAUAUAGAAAUUCGUAUCAAGAUUAUUUUUUGUACGUUAUGAAAACGAUGAAGUAUCUUCGUCAAAUGUCGACUGUUACUUAUUUAACAACGGUGUAACGUUAAUUUAAUGUAUUGCGUAUAAAUUUAGUGUAACGUUAAUUUAAUAUACAGAAAAACGAAACAUGGAUAGAUAACGUUUCCCAUUUCGUCAGUUUUGUUAAGUUUAUCGACCUUUGGAAGGGUCGUACGAAGACUCGAUGCCAGAGUACCAUCGCCGCUCAGAGUAUCUAGUCCAUAAAUAAAAAAAAGUACGUUAAGACAUUUGAGAGAAGAAUGCAUACAAUUACAACUUUGCCGACAGAAUAUUCCAAAAAAUACGUAAGCACGCUUGCAUUAAUCAUUAUAUCCCUUGGAAACUACAUUCACUAUCUAUAUAACACCUCAAACAUGCAUAUCAAACAUUGUUCCAAGCUUUCCUUAUAUUUUUUUAACAAAGCUUUAGAAACAUCUCAUGCUUAUAUACAUAAUGCAAUCAUAACUUAAGUCUUAAAUAAUACACUUUGUAUGCUAGAAUUGUACAUCAGCACUGUCCAUAAGAGAGAUCCUUUACAUGUUUUGCAAUUUCACUGUUUGGCUCGCCCUUCAGUCUCCUCAGCACUCAUGAAGUCACAGGAUACCCAUCAGUCCCAUUUUAUGGACUCUGUGAUAAGUGUCAAAUAAGCCAUAGUAGGAAGUCGCUAAAUUUUAUAAAAUGUAUACAGUAGCUCUAGUGGAUAACACUUCAGUGGUCUAUAAUGAUAUUACCUAUGGGAACAUUGGUCCAUGAUGACAUUGUCCAUGAGAGCAUUAGUUUAUAACAAUGUUGUCCAUGGAAGCAUUAGUCUAUUGUGAUGCUGCUAUGGGAACAUUGGUCUACAAUGACAUUAUCCAUGAGAGCAUUAGUUUAUAACAAUGGGAGUAUUAGUUUAUAAUCCAUAAUGAUACUAUAUGUUGGAGCAGUAGUCAAGAACUAUGCUGUCCAUAGGAGCAAUAGGCUAGUAACAAUACUGUUUGUGGAAGCAUUGAUUUAUAAUGAUAUUGUCUGAGAAAUCACUGGUCUAUAACUAUGCUGUCUAUGGAAGCACUGCUCUAUAACAAUAUUGUCUGUAGGAAUAGUGAUGUAUAACAAUGCUAUCCAUGGAAACACUGGACUGUAUCAAUGCUGUCUAGGGAAACACUGUCUAUCUAGAGAACCACUGGUCUAUUUCAAUGCUGCCCAUGGAAACACUGAUCUAUAACACUGUUAUUUAUAGAAACAUUGUUCUACAUCAGUGCUAUCCAUAGAAGCAAUAGUUCAUAACGAUGCUAUUCAUAACAGGUAUCCUUAACAUGUUUUGGUUUUCCAUCACCCAAAUUCUGUAUUAUGUCCACAUUUAAAUACACCCAUAAUCUCAUGGUCUGUUCGGAAUCCCAAUUUCUAAACUGUAGAAGCUGCUUUGGAAAACACUGACCAGUUAUACUAUUAUCUCCAACAGUCAUUUCCUUAAUUCCCUAUCAUUUGUAUUUAGUCUCCCUAACUAACCAUCUUAAAAUUAUAUGGUUCUCCAAACUUCUCUUUAAUAAACAAAUUCUUAUCGAAAAUCCACUCAUAAACCCAUUAAUCCUCUAUGAGCAUACAUGGAUAGGUAAUCCAUAAAAAUUUCCCAAGGACUCUUGUGGACAACACUGUAUAUCCUGCAGCGAUAGUUUAUAAUAAUCAUCGAUAACUGCGAUUUAAUUAUUCACAGGUAAUUCGAUAAUUCAUGGUAUUGAUGCUGAUUACAGCAUUUCAGUCGGCAAAGUGGUACAUUGAUGUACUAUCUAAGAGGAGCAGUCAUUAAUAUGCAUAAAAUCGAUCAUCACGAGUAAUAUAGGAAGCGUAGGAUAGAGGUGUAUAAGUGUAGGCACGUAGAGAGGCAAAUUCUUAGAUAAUCUCAUUCCACUUACCUCCCGGAUUCUAAAGUGAAAAUCGUUUCUUGAAUCCGGUUUUCUUAUCGCGCGUGGAUACCGCUUGAAUCCAUAACCGCAACACUUAACUAGAUUUGGUUCUAUCAUUUUUUCAGGACCAAUUACCAUAAACGAUUAUAUCGGUAGCAUGUUCGAAUCGUGUUAUUAUGCAGCAUUGUACUUAAAACUUUCAUGAGAAACGCCGUGAGCCCGGCAUCGAUCGAAAAGCUACGUGUUACUUGUAUCAAACUACUUAUAUAGGAACUAAAUCGGCGUUUUUUUCUUUUUUACACAUUAUUACAUGUGUGUUCAUAUGGUUUUUGUUUGAUUUCAUGUUAAUGUUAAGUGAUAUCAGACUCGAAGUUUAAAUUAAAAAGUUUAAAAGAAUGUUGAUGUUAUAAGCUUCACAAUAACAAUCAUUAAAAUACAAUGUUACUUUACAACUGA